AUGUCACUUAGAAAAGCAGAGGGACAGCAUAUGCUGAUAAACAGUGGUCUGAUUGACACAGUCAUUGAGAAGGCGAACAUAAAGCACACUGAUACGCUUCUGGACGUGGGGGCUGGGACUGGAAGCAUCACAUUGAAACUGCUGGAAAAAGCAAAGCGAGUUGUGGCCUAUGAAAAAGAUGGGCGUCUUUGCAGGGAACUCAGAAGCAGGGUCUGUGGGAAGAAGCACCUGAAAACCAAAUUGGAUUUGAGAGAAGGCGACUUCUUGGACGAAGACGUCCCACACUUCGACAAAUGCAUCAGCAACAUCCCAUUCAACCUGAGUCUGCCAAUUGUGCUUAAGUUGAUGGGAUGCCAUUUCAGAAGUGUGUUCAUUCUGGUACAGAAGGAGUUUGCAGAGAGACUUGUUGCUAGGCCAGGAUCAAAGGAGUACAGCAGACUCUCUGUGAUUGUACAACUGUAUACACGUGUUGAUCAUAUCAUGAAGAUCAGCAGAAAGAGCUUCAAUCCAAUGCCAAAUGUGGACACGUGUUUCGUACGGAUGCAGCCUAAGACACCAAGGCCACUCAUCAACUCAGUUGAAUUCGAUAACAUGCUGAAAAUCUGCUUCAGUAGAAAGAACAAAACACUUCAUGGGAAUCUGAAAGCACAGCAAAUCACCAAAUACGUAAAAAAGAGUACAGGAAAAGAGAGUGGUGCCUUGCUGGUUGAAAGAGUACUCGACAAAAUAGGCCUACGGGAAUCAAGGCCAUCCAAAAUGAGUGUGGAAGAAUACCUGAUGCUUUUUGCUGAAUUCAAGAAAGAGGGCAUUUCAUUUGAGUAG